CAUCUAUCUCUCUUAUCCAGUUUUCUUCAACUUAUUACUUAUAUCAAAUGGCGCAACAGUCUUCCCCGGUGAAACCAAUCGCUAUGCUGAAAGACGAGCUCGACAUCGUGAUCCCAACAAUCCGUGACCUGGAUUUCUUGGAGGCAUGGAGGCCAUUCUUUGAGCAAUACCAUCUGAUCAUCGUUCAAGAUGGCGAUCCUUCGAAAACCAUCAAGGUCCCAGAAGGCUUUGACUAUGAGCUGUUCAACAGGAACGACAUCAAUCGAAUCUUGGGUGACAAGGCAUCUUGCAUUUCUUUUAAAGACUCUGGUUGCCGCUGCUUCGGUUUCUUGGUCUCCAAGAAGAAGUACAUCUACACCAUUGAUGAUGAUUGCUUCGUUGCAAAGGAUCCAUCUGGGAAAGAGAUCAAUGCGGUUGAGCAGCAUAUCAAGAACCUCUUGUCUCCAUCAACUCCAUAUUAUUUUAACACACUUUAUGAUCCAUAUUAUGGGGCAGAUUUUAUUCGUGGAAAUCCGUUCGAUCAAGUAGACUUUACUCGUGGAAAUCUGUUCAGUCAAGGUGAUUUUACUCGUGGAAACCCCCUCGGCCAAGAUGAUUUUACUCGGGGAAAUCUACUUGGUCAAGGUGAUUUUACUCGUGGAAAUCCGCUUGGUCAAGAUGACUUUACUCGUGGAAAUCCGCUCAGCCAAGGUGAUUUUACUCGUGGAAACCCGCUCGGUCAAGGUGACUUUACUCGUGGAAACCCGCUUGGCCAAGGUGACUUUACUCGUGGAAAUCCACUCGACCAAGGUGACUUUACUCGUGGAAACCCGCUCGAUCAAGGUGACUUUACUCGUGGAAAUCCGCUCAGCCAAGGCGACUUUACUCGUGGAAAUCCGCCUGGCCAAGGUGAUUUUACUCGUAAAAACCCGCUCGGUCAAGGUGACUUUACUCGUGGAAAUCCGCUUGGCCAAGGUGACUUUACUCGUGGAAAUCCAGUCGACCAAGGUGACUUUACUCGUGGAAACCCGCUCGAUCAAGGUGACUUUACUCGUAGAAAUCCGCUCAGCCAAGGCGACUUUACUCGUGGAAAUCCGCUCGGCCAAGGUGAUUUUACUCGUGGAAACCUGCUCGGUCAAGGUGACUUUACUCGUGAAAAUCCGCUUGGCCAAGGUGACUUUACUCGUGGAAAUCCAGUCGACCAAGGUGACUUUACUCGUGGAAACCCGCUCGAUCAAGGUGAUUUUACUCGUGGGAAUCCGCUCAGCCAAGACGACUUUACUCGUGGAAAUCCGCUUGGCCAAGGUGAUUUUACUCGUGGAAACCCGCUCGGUCAAGGUGACUUUACUAGUGGAAAUCCGCUUGGCCAAGGUGACUUUACUCGUGGAAAUCCAGUCGACCAAGGUGACUUUACUCGUGGAAACCCGCUCGAUCAAGGUGACUUUACUCGUGGAAAUCCGCUCAGCCAAGGCGACUUUACUCGUGGAAACCCGCUCGACCAAGGUGAUUUUACUCGUGGAAAUCUAGUCGACCAAGAUGAAUGUACUCGUAGCAAUCUUUUCACUAUGCGUGGUGGUGCAAAAACUGUGGUCUCUCAUGGCCUCUGGCUCAAUGUGCCUGAUUAUGAUGUUCUCACUAAGCUUGUGAAGCCAAAUGCGAGAAACUACAGGUACGUUGAUGCCGUUAUGACCAUCCCCAAGGGAACUCUUUUCUCUAUGUGUGGUAUGAACCUCGCUUUUGAUCGUGAGCUGAUUGGCCCAGUUAUGUACUUUGGGCUUAUGGGAGAUGGGCAACCAAUUACAGGUUACGACGACAUGUGGGCUGGUUGGUGUAUGAAGGUAAUAUGUGACCACAUGGGAUGGGGAGUAAAGACUGGUCUGCCUUACAUAGACCACAGAAAAGCUGGCAACCAAUUCGAGAAUCUGAAGAAUAAAAUCAAUGGAAUAUUCUGGCAGGAAGAGGCGAUACCUUUCUUUCAAACAGUGACACUACCUAAAGAAUGCACUUCGGUGAAGGAAUGCUACCUAGAGCUAGCUAAGCUCGUGAAGGAGAAACUUGGAAAAGUGGAUCCUUACUUCAUCAAUCUUGCAGAUGGAAUGGUCACUUGGACUGAAGCUUGGGAUGAGCUUAACACCCCAAAGGGGAACUAAAAAAACACCAGACUCGCAUGGCAGAUAAGUAAAAAAGAGUGACGUUGUUUAUAAAUAAGGUCGAUGGUAUGGUCACAUGCGUAAUCAAUCCUCUAUGUUUCUUGUGUUUAUAAUUUCCAUAUGCUUGUGAAUGGUCUUGUUGUACAUAGGUAUAAUAAAAAGGUGGUGUAAUAUGUGUUCUUAUGUUCUGUAUUGCCUUUAUGGCUAAAUAUCUAUGAAAUAUAAUGGGAACAUUAUUAUAGUA